UUCGUUCCCAGGGUUCCGUGAGAGCCGUUUGCCCCACCCCACCUCUUCAACGCUAUCUAUCUCAAUGUACAAUUCUCAGAGAAAAACGGGGGCAAAAAUAAUUCAGAGUUAUUCUGCAAAGAAACGUUUCUCAUUUCCCCGACCGGUUGAUCGGAGCAGACGCGGCCUCUCGGCGGUAAAGAUGAGUGUCUCGCCGCUGGAUCAGUGAUUGAAAACACCGCGGUAUGUUCAUGUAUCAUGCACAUGUAACCAUAAUCUACCAUACGGAUUCAAAGGGAAUACAAAAAGCUGAGAGACUUGACAGCGGGCUGUACCUGCGCCAAACGGGAAAAUAACGGAGGAUUUCCACGAAUAUCACCUGGAUAUUGCGUUAUAUUCAAGGACAUCCAGCUGCCAAAAACCGCCUUUGCUCGCCCGGAGAAGCUUUCCGAUGUGAGGAGAAAUACAAAUUAACGUUACGGAGAGAAAAAGGACGGAGAAGGGGCCUUUUUUUGGGUCUGGUCAAACCCUCCGAAAAGGCAAGCACCAGCAUCUGUUGACGGGGAGAUGAAAUAAUUUUGACAUCGACUAAAAACAGGAUAUUAUUGAUAAGGUUGCUAACAGCCCACCGCUCCACCCUCCAAAAAAAAAAAAAAAACGGUGUAUAAUGUGACGGAUUUGCGAUAGAGAAAGAAGCCCCGGUGUAGCCUGAUGAUUCACAUGCCGUCAUUUUAAGAGGAAAUAUUUAUUUUUUAAUUUUUUUCAACCGCCCUCUCAUGUGCUUUGGUUAGGUGGAGAACGUAUUGCAAACAACCCCUAAAAAUAAUAACCUAAAAUACAUAUUUAAAGGGGGGUAAAAAAAAAAAAAGGUCGAGAAAAAAUAGGGCUUUGGUUGUGAGUGGAAAUGAAUUGAAUGGCAGUGUGAGAUAUCUGCCGAAGAUGGGCUCCGGAGGAGACGUUUGCUAAGAAAAUUAAACAUAACAGGGUGAAAAUAUAUACGUUUUUAAAAGAGGCCAGCGUUUGAAUCGAAAACACCUUUUACGGAAACAGGACCACCGACGUUCAUUCAUGUGCAUUGCAAGGCUGGAAAUUUCACAUCCACUCUCAUAUCAAUGUUGAUGACUUCAUUGCGGAUUUACAGUGAAAAACACAGGAAUCAAGCGUCUUAGAGGGCGGCAUCGUUGUUCUGCUCCUUUCUGACUGAUCUCUUGUUGAUUAAUUGCCAGUAAAUAGCCACAUCCAUCCAUACAUACUGUGCCAAAGCCUGGUGGGGCCCACCGUCUACUGCCUAACAGGUUUACAUCUGAUCCAUCUGCAUCUGGCAACAUAAAUGUCACCCAUUUUGAGCCAGGUGUUCCUCUGCUGGGCCAGUCUAGGAAUUUAGGAUCCAUUGAUUUUCUUCUGAUCACCACCCUCCCUCCUUCCUCUCUCUCCCUGCACCCAACCACCCAACCACCCAACCACCCAACCAACCAACCAACCAACCAACCAACCAACCAACCACCCAACCACCCUGCCUCCCCCUGAACCUAACACUGGGUUUUUGGGAAGAUGGGCUGUCUUGGCAAUAGUAAGACCGAAGACCAACGAAAUGAGGAGAAGGCACAGAGGGAAGCCAACAAAAAGAUAGAGAAGCAGCUCCAAAAAGACAAACAGAUAUACCGGGCGACUCACCGGCUACUACUAUUAGGAGCCGGUGAAUCCGGGAAAAGCACGAUAGUCAAACAGAUGCGAAUAUUGCAUGUUAAUGGCUUCAACGCAGAGGAGAAAAAACAGAAAAUUCAUGAUAUUAAAAACAACAUUAAAGAAGCUAUAGAGACGAUUGUGGCCGCCAUGAAUACGCUCACACCGCCCUGCCAGUUAGCCUGUCCUGCAAACCAAACCCGAAUCGAAUAUGUCCUGAACCAAGUAAACCAGAAGGAUUUUGAGUUUCCUUCGGAGUUUUAUGACCAUGCAAAGAUCCUCUGGCAGGACGAGGGUGUGCGGGCCUGCUGGGAAAGGUCCAAUGAAUAUCAGCUCAUCGACUGUGCACAGUACUUCUUAGACAGGAUCGAUGUGGUCAGGCAGAAUGACUACACACCCACCGAUCAGGACCUGUUGAGAUGCAGAGUACUGACAUCUGGGAUCUUCGAGACAAGAUUUCAAAUAGACAAAGUCAAUUUCCAUAUGUUCGAUGUUGGAGGUCAGAGGGAUGAACGUAGAAAAUGGAUCCAGUGUUUUAACGAUGUGACAGCUAUCAUCUUUGUGGUGGCGAGUAGCAGCUACAACAUGGUGAUCAGAGAAGACAAUCAGACCAACAGACUACAGGAAGCCCUCAACCUUUUCAAGAACAUCUGGAACAACAGGUGGCUACGGACCAUUUCAGUAAUCCUCUUCCUGAACAAACAGGACCUGCUCGCUGAGAAGGUUUUGGCAGGGAAAUCUAAAAUUGAAGAGUAUUUCCCGGAGUUUGCACGCUACACUACACCUGAUGACGCAAUACCAGAGCCAGGUGAGGAUCCCCGCGUCACAAGGGCAAAGUACUUCAUUCGGGAUGAGUUUCUGAGGAUCAGCACAGCCAGCGGGGACGGACGGCAUUACUGCUACCCCCACUUCACCUGCGCGGUCGACACAGAAAACAUCCGCCGCGUCUUCAAUGACUGUCGCGACAUCAUACAGAGGAUGCACCUACGGCAGUACGAGCUCUUGUGAUGGGCAGCGGCGUCCGGUCUACUUAUCUACCUGCCGACCUACCUAUCUACCCCCCCACGACCAGUUAGCCAAUCACCCCCUCCACUUCCACCAACUUCACCAAUCAACCGAGCGAACAAGCGAGCGACUGACCGCCUGCCCUCCCUUCCACCCUGAUACAACGUCUCCCGGUAACAAUUUCAGAAAAACAGAACAGUGGAACGACGUGUUUUUUUUGUUUUUUGUCUCUUUUUUUUUUUCAAAGGAAACACAGUUAAGGAUACACCAACAACAGUUUCAUCAACUAUUAGCCAGGACUGAUUGCUGUACUCAGUUAUACUUUGACCCAGGAAAGAGGGUCAAGACUGGAAUCCCUCAGUGCAGGCUCUCCUUCCUUUUAGCUCUCUUUCUCUCUCUCAGAUAUAUGAACACACACACUCGCAGGUACAUACACGCACACGCACACACACACACACACACACACACACACACACACACACACUACAGCAUAAGACAUUCAGAAGCCUUAAAUAGGUUUUAAUGUCUCAUAUCACAGUCAUACACACACAUAGACCCUUUCAAAACCGAGUCCUCCUGCUUUCAACAGUUGGCAGAGGCUGGACUGAGUAAUGCAUCCUGAGAGAGAGGUAGUUUAUUCACCACGUGCUGCAGACGAACCAGGAGAAAGAGAAGAAGAGAAAGAUGGACAUGGAGGGUGGCAAACUGAAACAGAGGAGGGCUGUGAGCCUUUUUUCUUUUUCUUUUUCUUUUUUUUUUGUGCCCGAGGACGGACUAAUUGACUAACGGCUGCCUGUGGACGUGAGCGUGACUCGAACAUAAGACCACACGGCUCACGUGACCUGCUCUUCAACAAACCAAUCGAGGAGGGAUGGCAGAAAACAACAAAAACAGAAAAAAAAAAAAAAGAAAAAUACCAUACAAUGCAUAAAUUCAUGCAUACCAGUGAACUUCAUGCAGUGCAAAAAAAUCCAAGCUAUAUAUAUAUAUAGAUAUUUAUAUAUGUGUGUAUAUAAAUAUGUAUAUAUAUAAAUAUAAAUAUUAUAUAUUCCUGUAAUAACACAAUUCAACUUUUAAGUUUUUGUUAGUUUUUACCCCAUGUUGUGUGUUGGUGUACACUGUGUGUGUGAUCUGCCUUUGUGCACCAUUUAAACCCCCCCCCCCCUCCUUACCCACACACAUACACAUAUAUAUACACACACACACACAUAUACAUCCUGGUCCCCCUACCCCCCGCCCCUGCUGCUAUUUGACAACUACUCAACAUAUGGAAAAUAAAGGAGAGAUUUUAUUUAAUAAGGAAAAAAAAAACAACGCAAAAGGAAAGCAUGAAGUAAAAUACAUGACUUUACGAGUCUGGAUGCAACAUUUUUACCUGGGAACACACAUACACAGACACACAGACACAGACACACACACACACACGCAGGCACACAUGCGCGCCCACACACACACACACACACACACACGCUCCUGCCCUCACCAACCCCCUCCCUCUCCACCACCCCCCCACCCCCCCACCCCCCUUUCAUCUUGUUCUCUCACCUCUCCCAAUCCCACUUCCUCCCCCUCCCGGCUUUAAGUACGUCUGUCUUUAUUUUACUGCUGGACUAUUAUUCUUGUACAGACUGUAAAAUGUAUUAUUUUGUACAACUUUAUUGAAGAAAAAAAAAUAACUUGUAGAAGAUCCCUGUGCCUUGAUCACGACUGUACGUGUAAAAAUGAGCUAAUAUGUAAGUUAUGUUUCACUGCGCUGUACAGCUGGACGGGUCUGUCCCACCUCGUCCGUGCUAGCUCACCCCUCCGCUGAGGGCUGGGAGGGAGGGGCAUCGGAUCGGGGCGGAGGCCUUUCGUCUGUUGCUUAGUUUCCAUUUUUUUCCCCCAUAUUUGUUUGUUCGUUGAUUCAUUUGUUUUGCUUUGACUCUCCUCUGGUUUAUAUAAUAGGAUUUGAAGAAAAAAAAAUGAAGAAAAAAAAAAGAUAAUCAGACACACCACCUUAAUGCUGUGUAGUGAAAGAAACUGAACCCUAACACAAUUUAAUAUAUAUAAAAUAUAUUUCAGAUUUUAUAUUUUAUAUAUAUAUAUGUACUGUACACUUAUAUCUAUCUCCCUUGUGAGCUGUCCCCCAGCUUUCCUUUGCUUUCUGUCAGUAACAUCUGCAUACAUUUUCAGAAGGUGGCGAUUCUGGGUGCAGUGGGAUGGGUAUUAAUUUCUUUUUUUUAUUUUAGCUUUAACUCUUUUGAAGGAGAGGGAAAUAUCCAAUUGCAAAACAUUGCUUGUUUCUACAUAAACCAAAUUCUUUUUGCUUAAACAAGAAGAAACGGUUGUA